UAUAGUCUUUGGACUUCUAGGGUAUAUAUGAUGGAUAUGCUGAUAUGCAUGCGAAAUCAGCAUGUUGGCAAGACCAACAAAAGGCGAACGGAAGAUCGAGCUUUCGCUCGCUGUCAGUUCUGCUUGUUCCAUGUGGUGUUCAUAUCUUUUUUCCUCCUUAUCCCUUCGAGGUCACUUUCCAGGGGUUGCGGCGUCCGACUGUUGGACCUGACGAUGCUUGGGACGCAGGAAGCGGGCUGCGGACCCACAGGAAGAGGCUGAGAAUAUGAGUGAUUCAGCUUGAUUGGGUGGACAGGUGGAUGUUGGCAUGAGUAACCUUUUGGAGGGAGGGAGGGAGAGAGAGAGAGAGAGAGAGCACCCCCGAAAGCCUGUUGAAGCCUAAAAAGUAUCCCGGCCCUUUAAAACUGUCUCUACGAAAUCAAGUAUCAUGGCAUAGCUAAUUCUGGUUUGUGGAAAAGCAUUUUUGCAGUGGAAAUUAGAGGUACGCCCAAUUGUUUAGAGACAGUUUUCUGCAAAAGGCCACUCCCACCAUGGCCAUGCUGAUUUUUCACGUGCAUUAAAAAGUACAGUCAAGUCAAACCAACCAAAACUUUAGUCCUGUAGGGAGGUCAGGUGUGUUCUUUUGUAGAAGCGCUAUGCUCACCCCAAUAUGCUCCAAACUCUUCAAUCAAAUCACGCCCAAAUUCCCAAUCUUGUCAAGCAUUUGUCCCUGCCGAUCUUUCUCUUUCUGCCCUUUUUGCUCGAAUCAAUCCAGCAUCCACUUCGAAACCUCCAGGCGGCGACUCACGGCGCCCCUGCAGGAGGGACCGGGUGGCGUUCUUCGACGGACGCUGGUGGAGAGACCGAAGGUGACGCGUUGGACCUGUUCACCUGGCAACAGACAUUGGAGAAAAGACCCAACUCUUCGUCAUGUGGAUAGUUUGCAAGUGGACAGUCUGCUUUCUGGAACAGUGAUGCAAGGUGCUUCAUUUGUACAAUCGAUUGAUGACUCACUUUUUUGACACCAUCGUCAACUGGCGCCUGGCUCCGUAUGAGCAAGGGGAACCCCCUGUGGGGCCGCCUUAUGUAGGGUCGCAUAGUGCAGCCUUGAAUAUGAGGUUUAGGGGGAAUCAUGCAUAUACCUGGAUCUUCCAAC